AUGGAGAAAAGGGACGAGGAUCUGAAGAAGGCACAGAUGCUGGACGCUCGGGCCAGAAACAUCAGCCACAAUGUUCGUUGCACUGAGUGUGGAAGUCAGUCCAUUGAAGACUCGCAGGCAGAUGUCGCUAUUCUCCUUAGACAGCUGAUCCGAGAUGAGAUAGGAGCUGGGAAAACUGACAAAGAGAUCUACAGUAAGCUGGAGGAUGAGUUUGGGGAGACGGUGCUUUACGCUCCAAAAUUCGAUCUGCAAACCGCUGCAUUGUGGCUAACUCCGGUUCUAGUUGGUGGAGGUGCUGCUGCAGUGUUGGCUUACAAUAAGCACAGGCAAAGAACAAAUGUACACAUCAUGGCGUUGGACCUUAUCAGAGGUGUUUCGUUGACUCCAAAGGAGAGAGUUACCAUUCUCGAUGUUCUCAUUCCACCUCCGCCUCUUUCUCAGGGAGUGGCUUCCCGGUUAAGGAGAUGGUUUAACCGGUGA